GUGCGUGGGGUCGGCCGAUCGGGGGCAGCGACGCGGGCGAGGCUCCGGGACUCAGGCGAGCGCGGGCCGUGAGCUCCCGGGGGCCGGGCCGCUGCUGCCGUCGUCUUCCCGCGCUACUGCCCCGGCUCGCCCUGGAGGGGACUGAGGCGUCGAGGACGCUGACGUCAGGCGGGCGGCCCCUCCCCCACGCCGGCGCCCGACCCGCUCUGAGGCCGGUUCGCUCCGGCCGAUUCCCGACGCCUUUGUUCCAGGGGCGCCUCCGCCCGCAUCUCCGGGCCCCGCCGCUACCGCCCCAUUCAUUAAUUUCUCACAGGAGGAGAGAAGAUCCCAGAUCGAUCCUUAUGAGACGGCGCUGCAGGUCACGGGCUCGUGACAGCUAGAAAAGCUGCUCAUCGAGGCGGAAGAUGUCUGAUGACUUUUCGUUGGCAGAUGCGCUCCCCGAUCCCUCCCCCGCCAAAACCUCGGCCGUGAGCAGCUCGAAAUCCAGCCAAGCCACCCAGGGCUGGGCCAGCUCCAGCCCCUGGAACAGCCCCAGCGCCCCUGCUUCCCUGCCGGCUGGACCCCCGCCAAGCGCGACGCCAUCCACCGUGCCUUUUGGAGCUGCGCCCCCAGGAAUGUACCCAUCUGCACCGCCUGCCGGGCCACCCCCAGGCCCCCCUGCGCCUUUUCCGCCCUCUGGACCCUCAUGUCCCCCACCUGGGGGUCCUUACUCCACCCCCACAGUGCCAGGCCCAGGCCCCACGGGGCCGUACUCCACACCAAAUGUGCCCUUCCCUGAGCUCCCCCGGCCCUAUGGUGCACCCCCAGACCCAGCCACCGCAGGGCCCCUGGGGCCGUGGGGCUCCAUGUCUUCUGGGUCUUGGGCGCCAGGCAUGGGAGCGCAAUACCCAACUCCUGGUAUGCCCUACCCUUCCCCAGGGCCGUAUCCCACACCUCCCCCCCAGGCGCCAGGCACAGCACCACCUCCCGUGCCCUGGGGCACUGUGCCACCCGGGGCCUGGGGACCACCUGCCCCAUACCCCGGGCCUGCAGGCUCGUACCCCACGCCUGGACUCUACCCUACCCCGAAUAAUCCUUACCAAGUGCCUUCGGGACCUUCUGGUGCUCCACCGCUGCCUGGCGGCCCCCACUCCUACCAUUAGGUUAACAAUGGAAGAAGAGACAAAGCUUUGCUUUUGGAAGUGCGUGCGUGUACUCACGAAUGCGUGUAUAAAAGCUUCCCAUCUCACUGUUCUCAGAAGGCAUUUGUGGAAGACCAGGUCCGCCUCUCCGAAGAUGCCUGCCCCGUACUUGGACAUGUAGUGCAUCGAACGGAUACAAUCAGAUGUAAACAUAGCAGUAAAUCAAGCAGAUGUGAUUUUUAUUUGGUUUUUGUGGAAAGUUAAAGUGAUUAUAUUGAAUAGCUAUUUGCUAAAAUUUGUUUAAAUUAUAACUAUACACUUAAAAUGUAAAAUAGGGAUUAUUGUUGAAGUAAUUUGCCAUUGAAUUGUAGAUUCUAGGUAUUUUUCUAUAACCUCUUCCUCCAUAAAUAAUUAUGAAAACAAUCACAUUUUAUUCUAAACACAUGAUGUGUCUCAGCAUUUUGAGCUGCUCUGUCUAUAAGGUGAAUAACUAGUCCUCUUUGGGUUAUAUUUUGGAUAUACCUUUUAAAACUGGUUGUCAAAUGUCAGGUUUAUUAGCAACUGUUCGUUCUUAUCUUGGAGCAGUUUGUAAAAACCUGCGUUUCGUUUAUGCCAUGUGGGUCGCAAAAAUGUGCCAUUUAUGAAAACUCUGCUCGGUGCUGGUGACCAAAUCCAGGGCCUUGCACAUGCCAAGUAAGUGCCCUGUCUCGGGGCUCCCUGUCCGUCCUGACUUCCCCCUUUAACGCCAGCCAAUGUACAUUACUGCCUUCUUAGAGAACCAUGCUACGCUGUGCAGUGGAUGGCGAAGCGUGUAUUACUUUGGGGUGAGCUCAAAGAAAGAAUUUUGUCUUUUGUUGUAAACCGUAAACAAGCCCUAGGAAUUGCUUUUCGUUCUUGCCCGACCUGAAGUGGACCUUGUGCCAGGCCUUACCUGCGGCCUCCCACCCUCACCAGGUCUCCCUGGCCCGGAAGCUGGGGCGCUCUCGGGCCCUGUUAUUACAGAGCGGCCAUGCUUAGAGUGACCCGAGUGAGUCAGGCCUGGCACCCUCUUUGUGCAAGAAGAGUCUGGGUAAGCAAUAGCACUGUCCUUGCAUGGUUUCCAAAAUCUGUUCGUAGUGUUUCUGGCUGACAGUUCGGUUCUUUGUUGACAGGCAGAUAAAUAGAUCAUCUUUGAAAAGAUCAUCCAGAGUUCUAACACUGAAAACAGUAAGCUGUAGGUUCCCACGCUGGGCUUAGGCAGUGUCACUGUGUGGCUUGAGCAGUCGAUGCUGUUUCUAACUGCAGUACCACCUGGUUAGCUUUCCAGCACCUGCCUCAGAGUCAGUCUAGAUUUGUGAUGGACUUGACCUUGUUUCAUCAAAUUGAAUGUUGAAACCAUGAAUGUAUCCAUUGGGUCCUUGAAAGUAUUGUGAAAUUUCCAGAUAGCUAUAAGAAAACAUUUAUGCUGAAGAUGUUUUUAUUCUGAAAUAAGAUGUCCCGUGGUUCACUUCUCCUAAGAUUAAAAUAGCAGUUGCUGCCCAUACAGUGGUGUGACAGCUGCCUCCUUUUAAGAGGGUGAGAUGGCCACCUGUGAGAGGGACACUUAGCAUGCACUCAGGCCUCGCUUCUUUCAAGUAGAGGAGAGAUCCAAGCUUUCAGAAGGGACCAAUGUGGAGACUCGCUUCGGUCAUUCCCACAGUGAAAUGUCCUUCGGCAGGUCUUACACAGUGCAGAAUUGGAUGGGUUCCUUUCACUUCGCAAGGACAGGUGGUAGCUGUUGGUGACACCCGGAGCUGGGGUCAGCAGCUGCCUGUCUCAGGACAGGUAACCUGAGGGCUCCCACGCAGCUUAGAUUACCUGUUACUGUCAGAACGCCCGUUAGCUGGAGGGUAGGAGGGUAGGGAAGACGGCAGGGGAGAGGCUCUGUGGGUCAUGACUGCCCUGCCUUGGGGUAUGUUAGCCUCUCUGGCUUCAGAUGCAGGAUUUAGUGUAACACUGAGGACACAGAAAAGGGGAGGUAGAAGGUGUGGGGAUCCAUAAUCAAGGAAUCCAUUGAUAACAGGAAAAAAUCUUUGUGCCAAAGGAUUUAUAAACCCAAGAUUUGAGAAGUUCCAGCCAGGCAUGCAGAGUGACUUGGCUGGUGACCUGAACCACCCAGCCUUUGCCCAUUAACUGCCACAUGAGCCAUUGGCCUUGGGGCUUGUGCUGACACCUGCUGGCCCCUGCGCUUAGCUUCCUGCCCGCCCUGUAGCCUGGGGUCAGGCUGGCGGAGACCAUCCCAGACCUUACAGCCCCUCUGAGCCCAAAAGUGUGUUUAUUUGCAGCGUAAAGUCAAAAGCAAGUGUCAGUGGAUAGAUGGGACAAUGCAUCCAGGAAAGCCCCCAUUUCCAAAGGAGCCACACUGGGCUGUGAUUGGCUUGUGAGAAGCACGUUGGCCGCUCUGUUCAGUCUUCAGAUGACUGUUCUGACAUCAGGGUGUUCGAGUGGUUGAGAUCACCCGUGUUUCUCAGGUUAGGUUCUUAGGUUUUGAAGUGUUGAACCCCAAAGUGACCAUGCAGGUGAAAGUGAAGCGUAGUCACCAAGUCCCCAUUCACACUUCUCAAGAUGAAAAGGAAUCCGCUGUGGCACCUGUGGCCCCUGUUGAGCACGGUGACAGCACAGUCCUGGGGCAGGUCAGGUCCCCAGGAGCUCCUGGCUUAGCUGGCCAGUGCUGUGCCAUCCCUUUCCUGGAGAGCCAAGCAGAGGAAGCGAGGCUGGGCACCACGGAUGCGAACCCUUUCCAGGAGGCGGUUGCCCGAGACACCGUGGCCUCGCAAGCGGGCAGUGCUGCACGCUCCGCGGGUUAACCACAGACCAGCUGAGCACCCGGAACUCCCUGGAAACUGCUGUGAUACUCAGCUCGGCAAAGCAGUGUGACCGCGGCCCCUCCCUCCUGCUCAGAAUGCUGCCCACACCAGAAGCGGAAACGGAGCCACCGCUGCAGUAAAAACGCCCGCCUCUGGCUAUGGGGACACUGAGGACCUCACUCAGCGGGUGCGAGGUAGAGAGGCCUGUCGAGGACAGGGACGGGAGCAGCCAGGCACACGGGCCCAGAUUUCUGAGCUCACAGUAAGCAACUGUCCACGCGGACCAGCAGAAGAGUGGGCUGUUACCACCACCACCACCCACCCCUCCCACCCCACCCCCACCAGCGGUGUGCUGGUGGCCUGGGCCUUGCCAUCUACGGGUUGGGGAUCACAGCAGACUUCUUAUGUGUGCUCUGUUAUUAUAACAGUUUCAUAAAUUUUUUUUUUUUAAUUUCUGGAAGUUGUGAUUUUGUUUUUCAUUGACUUAAUGAUAACAGAUUUAAUGUAUGUAACCGUCUAUGCAUUUUAAGCUACACUGCCAGAAAUGAUUGGAUUGGAGACCCACUUGUUUGUAUUAUGAACUGUAAGGCAACUUUGCCAUGUUAGGUUUAUUACCUGCUGCUGUAUUUGUAAACAAAGACAAGUGUUGCUUUAAGAAGUCAUUAUAAUUAGGAACAGACUAUAGAUGUCAUACUUGAUAUUUUUGAAGAUAAACUUGUUUGCUUUUGUGUACUCCACCUGAAAGCUUUUUUUAAAAAUGUAUUUUCAUGG